AUGCGCCAAUUCGAGAAUGUUUCGAUAUCGCAAUGGGCGAACCCGUAUGCGAGCGGCGGCACCAACACCGGGAAGAACUUCUAUGCUACGGCGACUACACCGAAGCCCCAACAACCCGUCUAUCGUCGAGUAGUCCCACCUACACCAGUAUUCUCAUAUACGCAGGUAGUUGAUGAGAAGAGCAGCAACGCCGAACAAGCAGAUCCAGAAAAUGCUCCGGCUGCUCCAGCUGCUCCGGAGGAAACGCCAGCAGCAGAGGUCACACCUGAAGAGGCCGCACCGCCGGCUACAUCAGAAGCACCUCCAGCAGAAGAGCCAUCAGCAGAAGUAGAAGCACCUGCGGCAACAACCCCAGCAGAACCGAUACCAGAAGAUCCAUCAACCCAACCAGCAGAGGCACCAUCAAGUAGUGGGGACGACGUUGUGGCAGCUGAAGUUGUGACGGAGGAUGUCAAAGACGAGCCUCCAGGACCAAGCGAUGUCACGAAUGUUGACGCACUGCCGCCUCCACCACCACCCCCAGCACCGGUAGAUGCACCGCCUGCUGAACCCGAAGCAGCAGCACCUCCAGCACCGCCAGCACCAGAAGUUCUGCCAGUACCUCCCAGUGAGCCUGCACCCCCUACACCCCCUACACCCCCUACACCCCCUGCCCCACCAGCACCACCGGCGGAUGCAACACCGGAGCCAGUAGUCGUGGAGAGUGAGAAAAGUGGUGAGUCCGAGCAGGCCGCUCCAGAGCCUCCGAAAUCCCCAACCGAGAAGUUUGUUCAUUUUGCCUCUGACACCAAAGACCCAGACGCCGCAAGCAUAGGCAAAAAGAAGAAACAGUGGGGGAAUGGUAAAGGCAAGCCCACCGCGUUCAUCCGCCCCAGAAAGCCAUCGACAUCCGUUCCACCUCCUUCGCCACCGAAAGAGGAGAAGAAGAAGGUCUUCGUUCCGAUCGGCAUUAUCAAGAAGGAGCGACGGGGUUCAUUGCUCUCGGCAUUGGCCAGUGAGAAGGUGAUGACCAGCAAGUCAAGAGGGAAGAAGUCUAGCAACGAUGGCAGCGGUGACGACAGGUUGACAGUAAUCACCGAUGGAGAUGCCCCCUCUUCAGACGUCUCCGAAAGCGUCAUCAUCGAGGAACCUACCGAAGAUGCUUCAGGAUCGAUCGUAAGCGAGACCGUACCGCCCCCGCCGCCACCGACCGAUGAUCCACCUGCGGUAGACGAGGCCGCUGUCAGCGAGGAUGUAGUGGAGGAACAAGACGAGGCAGUCGUGGACAGUCCUCCGAUCGAGGAGCCAGCUCCCGCCGCUCCCGAGCCAGCAGCUGAAGCCGAGCCAUCACCGGUAGAUGCGUCUGCGGAAUCUGCUGAGCCACCACAAUCCGACAAUCCUGCUCCUGUCGAAGAAGCUCCAGCUACUGAUACCACAGCAGAGGAGACUACUCCAGCCGAUCCAGUCGCAGAAGACACUCCUCCCCCUCCAGUCGAGCCGACCGCAGAAACAGCUUCAGAAGCUCCUGCCCCAGAAGCGCCCGCGGAAACCUCAGCCGAUGAACCACAGGCACCCAGCGAAGCGGCAUCUGAGCAGGAACAAGCUACGGCAGAGAGUGCGGAUGCGGUCGAGCCUGAGGCAUCACCUUCAGACGAAGCGAAGGUAGCUGAGGCAGACGCUUCCACCGAAGAAACAGCAGCUCCCGUUGAAGAGCCUGCUGUUGUGGAAGAGGAAGCAGCCCCGCCAGCAGCUGAAGAGGAACCUGCAGUUGAGGAAGCAGGUAGCUCAGACGAGCCGCCGGCGGCUGUAGAGGAUUCUCCUGCUGUUGAAGAGCCAGUUUCCGCUGUUGAAGAGACACCUGCUGCUGAAGAAACAUCGGCUGUCGAAGAGGCUCCGGCCGUCGAAGAGACUCCGGCCGAAGAGGUAACUCCUGCUGAAGAGGCUCCUGCUGUCGAAGAAGCACCUGCUGUCGAAGAAGCACCCGCUGUCGAAGAAGCGCCCGCUGUCAAAGAAGCGCCUGCUGUCGAAGAGGCACCUGCUGUUGAAGAGGCAUCUGUCACCGAAGAGACACCUGCCGCCGAAGAUACACCUGUCGUCGAUGAGACACCUGUUGUCGAAGAAGUAACCCCCGCUGAGGAACAGCCAGCCGUUGUGGAUGCAGAGGUUCCCGCUACUGAGGAGCCGCCCGCCGCUGAGGAGACGCCCGCCAUUGAGGAAACUCCCGCUGCCGAAGAGACGCCCGCUGCCGACGAGACAACAACAGCCACAGAAUCGGCUCCCACGGAGGAACCACCAACUCCUGAGGAUACUCCAGCCGUAGAAGACGCAGCUGUUGCUGAGGCUGCACCUACUUCUGAGGAAACAACUGCGCCCGGGGGAGCACCUCCCGUCGAAGAGACGGCUAGCGCCACCCAAGAAGACCCUGAAGUCGACGCCACACCCGAAGCACCCGCCAGCGAGGAGACAGCGCCAUCUGAAGACGUCCAAGCCGCCGAAGAUACGCCUGUUAGUGAAGACACACCGACUGUCGAGGAUGCUUCUCCUGCCGAGAAAGCACCAAAGACAGAGGAUACACCUGUUGCUGAGGAGCCCAACCAGACUGAGACUACACCCGUUGUCAACGAAACGCCUUCUACCGAGGAACCGCCUAUCGUCGAAGAUGUCUCUACUGCGGAUGAGCCAGCUCCACCGGUAGAACCACCAGUUGAUGAACAAACACCCGUGGUCGAUGAAGCCCCAGCUGUCGAGCCUGUCCCUACUGAAGUUGCUGAGGAUGCCGCUGAACCAGAGUUAGAAGCAAGCGUUGCUCAAGAAGAGCCAUCACUGGAUGAGAAGCAAGAAACCGAGACGUCUAGUCCCGCAGUCGAAGAAGCUCGAGCAUGGACUUCAGCAGCACCGGCAGACGUCGCUGUCGUGGCUUCAAUACUUGCAGCUGAAGCAAAGGCCAAUGCAGCUGCAGAAGAGGCUGAUGCACCUGAUAACUCUCUUGUUCAAGAUCCCGCUGCGGAAUCUUCUGAUGCUGCAGAAGUUCCGGAGCCUGCGCCAGUCCCAUCUAGCGACUCACCGUCAACUGAGAGCGAAGAUAAGCCCGGAGUUGCAGAUGCCGAAGCGCCUGAAAUUACUGAGCCGGUCAUGGAUGUAGCUGAGCCAAACGAGGCUAGCGCUGAUCCCACAGAUGAGCCCCAAGCUGACUCGAUAGCGGAAGCCUCAGAAGCAACGGACGCACCCGAACCUGCUCCCACCGACGAAACUAUCGGACCAGCCUCCGGUGAAUGCGACAGUGAGCCGUCAGUUCCACAAGACGAGACCAAUCCCUGCACCAAGGAGCCAGAAGCUGCGUCGACACCAGAAGAGACAGACACGCAAACGACGGAAGCCACACCUGAUGUGACAUCAGAGGAGCCUACUGCAUCGGCACCAGACACUGCUGAUAUGGCACCCAUCGAAGUUGCUACAAUGGAGGCUGAGGCGAGCGAUGAAGAACUGCCAACUGCCGACACCAUGCAGGAUAUCUCCGAUUGGGAGCAAGACGACGAUGAUGUUUCCGACAUGGGCAUCUCGGACUGGGAGAAGGACGACGAUGCCUCAUCACAACCCGGUGAGAGCGAGACCAAUCCUUCCGAGCAUCAAGACUUUGAUCAAGAGAGCGUCGCACACGACUCAUCGGAGCCUGUGCAUGAGGAUGAGAAGUCACCAGACCAGGACAAGCCCGAGACUGAACAGAUCGUUCAGCCGUCUGACACUGCAACCUCUGCUCCGGUUGCCGAUGACGUCGAUGAAGUUGCCGUCGUCGAUGUCAACGAGGAUGCGCCUACCACGGACGAUACGUCCGCGGCCGUACCAGAGGUCGUCGAACAGAACGAAGCCUCUACCUCUGAAACAUCGCCAGAACCAUCCGAGCCACAAGAGACUGGCGACUCAGCUGAUGCUUCCGCGGAGGAUCAGACGCCUGAGACACGUAUUGAUGAAAGCACUGAAGAGGCACAGCUUGCAGCUGGCGAUGCACCUGCAGCUCAAGAACCCGCCCCGGAGGUGAGCCAGCCAGCAGCUCUAGAGGAGAAUGCCAUCACCGAUGCGAGCACAGACGCACAAGACGAUGCGAGUGCACACGAAUCGCCAGUCGACGAGUCGGAGCCAGCGGUGAGUAGCGAGGCUGCCAAGGACAGCGAGCAAGCCAUAGUCUCGGCUACACCCGAUGACGUGGAGAAUCCAGAUUCAUGCACAGCUGAGACUGAAGCACCUUUACCCAAACUCGACGACAAUACCGACGAAACAUGCGCAAGCAUCCCAGCUGACGCGACAAGCGAAGUCAGCCCAGACCCUGUCUCGAGAGAGGCUGACGUUGAGACGCCAAUUGAAAACCCCACGGCCGAAGAAAAGCAGACCGAACACGCCGCGGGCGAUCCAGUUGUUCUUCAAGAUAUUUCCGAAAAAACCGACCAUGAUGUUGUAGCUGCCAACGUUGCGCCAGCUGAAGCCGAGCCCGACUCUGCACCAGACAUGCCGGCCAAAAAGGUGCCGCAAGUGGUCCAUGAGGACGUUGGGCCCGAUGAGGAGCCACAGCAUUCGGAGGUUUCCAGCGGAGCCAACACAGGACCGGAGCCAGAUGAUGGACCAGUAGAAGAGCAGGGAUCCGAUGCGGGGAGCGAAUCUGGGUCGGAGUCCGAGGACGAUGACUGGUCUGGAUCUGAGGUGUCUGCCGCACCUGCUGCCUCUGAAGUUCCCCAGGCCGACGACGCGCCUGACUCAGCAACCGCUGAAGAUGAAACAACGAAUGCCGAAGAGGCACCGCCGAGUGAUGUCGCUGAUGUCACUGCUGCUGAGCCUGAAGAGCCGGAGGACGAUCAGUCAAUCCUUGACGACGAUGCCGCUUCAGAUGACGAUGCCGCUUCCGGGCUCUCCUCGAAUUCUCAAGAAGAGCCAGAGAGCUCCAUGGCAGUGGACGAUGCUGCCGAGCCCGACGAUCCAGAAGCUUCCGAGAGUCCGGAGUCGCCUGCCGAAUCGGCCGCGGUCACAGAGCCGCAUCCAGGUCUAUCACUUGAAGUCAAUGUCGCAACCUCUGAGAUCGUCCCAGCUGCAGAGUCUCCAGCAUCAGAGGUCGAAGAUCCGUCUGAUCCUGCGCUCGAAGCAGUCGAGGAGGAGCAAGGAGAUGACGAGAACGAUGUCAGUGCUAUCACUCAAGAAGAUUCUGCGAACGACGAUUCACUGGUUUCGUCACAAGAUUCCGCUGAGCCUGAAGAGGAGCCCACGGCAGCUACCGAGGUGUCUGAGCCGGCGGAUGCACCCCAACCAGAAGAGGAAGUCCCCCAGGAAGACGAGGGUGACGAUGCUUCUCAGGUCAGCGAAUCUGGCAGCGAGAGUGAGGCUGGAGAGUCCGUUGCACCGCCGGAGGACCCUGCUGAGGCCGAUGACGACGCUGCGCCGACCACAGUGGAUGGGGAGGACCUAGAUACCGCCGCACCGCCUACCGAAGACCCAUCAACCGACGGGGUCGAGAACCCGGCAUCUGAAGUGGGAGAUGCAUCUACGGCUGAGCAAGAGGCGGAAGAGCCUGCUGAACCAGAGACGCCUGAGUCAGUCGCAGCGGAACCGGAGCCGGAAGCAGAAGCGGAAGCUGUUGAGCAAGAUGCGGAUGCAGCUGCGGAUGAACCAGAGGAGCCGCCGGCAGAAGGAGUUGCGGACCCAGAAGAACCGGUGGCGACGCGAGAUGAAGCCGCCGAUGAGGGUCUCGAUGCGGCUCAGGAAGAUGGAUCUGCUGCAGCUGAUGCCGACCCUUCACUCGUUGAAGAGGUGGAAGAGGCGGAGCCAGCACCACCUGCUGAAGAGUCACCAGAGCCACCUAGUGAGGAUGGUCAAUCAAACGAUGGGUCUGGAGCUACAGGGGAGGCAGAGGAGCCGUCAGUGGUUGAAGCCAGCGAAUCGAACGACGACGGUGCCGAAGAUGCUCCACCUGCGUCAGAGCCAGCCCCCGAAGAGGACGCACCGCCUGAAGAGGCUGCUGCUGAGGUUGAAGAAGCUCCAGCAGAAGCCGCUGAAGCCGCUGAGCCAGUGGUAGAGGGCGAUGAUGUCGAGGAACCUGCGGUAGACGAAGCCCCGGAGGAAGCAACGAACGAAGAAGAGCCGGCGUCAUCACCUGAUGUCGAGCCUGAGGAAGAACAUGUAGAGGCACCAACCGAAGUUCCCGAAGAAGAACAGCCAGAACCCGAAUCACCAGCUGAUGCUGAAGAGCCCGAGCCGCCGACUGAACCCGUUCCUGAGGAACCGGAAGUACCAGCUGAGGUUGCCCCAGAACCAACGCAGGAACCCGAAGAACCCGCUCCAGUAGCGGCGGAUGCACCCGCUGAUGAAAUCCCGGAAGACCAGGAUGUGGAGGAGUCGGUAUCAGCCCCCGAAGUGGAGGUAGAAGACGUCGUAGCCGAGGUGGCCAAUGAAGAGAGUCCCGAACCCGAGCAGGCCGAUGACGAUGCACCAGCAGACCAGUCCCUCGACGUUGAUGAAGUCCCAAGCGCACCUUCACCUCUACCGUCCGUAGCUGCUGUUGCUGCUGCUGGGAUUACUGGUGCCGCCGCUGCUGCACUAGUCGGUCAUACCCUUGAUGACCGUGCGGACAGGGAGCGCGACUUUGCAGUUGAGGACGAACCGUCAGCCGAUACACCCAGUCGUGAGAAGGCCCGUCGCCGACAUUCGCACACCCGUCGUGAAAGCCAGCACCGGCCAAGCCGCAGACGCGAAAGUGGCGCUAGUAUCAUGGAGCGACCAAUAAUGCCAGCCUCUGCCGUUCCUGAUGCACCAAGAACAAGGCGUCGCGACAGCAUGACAGAGCGCGAAGCGGCCGAGCGCAGAAGGGCCAAAUUGCGCGAGGUUGAGAUAGCCAGUAGUGGUAGUGACAUACAGAAGGCGUACCCGGAUCCGUACCGCUCGCACUACCGAGAACCCAGGGGUGAGGAGAGAUACAGCAAGCGUCGCCCCGUCGAGGAGGUUGACGAAGAAGCCGACAGACAGAAGCGACGCGAAGCCCGACGGGCCGAGAGAGCUGAAAAGGAGCGACUCGCCGCCGCAGACGCUGCCCGCCUAAAAGCAGAAGAAGAGGCGAGAAAGCUGGAGCAUCGGGAACGACGCCGAGCAGUCAGGCGUGCCGAAGAAGAGCUCAUGAGGGCCAUGGAGGAGCGCAAGAAGCUCAAAGAAGAACAGAAGCUCGCCCAGGAAGAAGAGGACCGACGUAUUCGACAUGAGAAGAGGAGGCAACGACACGAAGCCGAGAAGGAAGCGAAGCGGCUGGAACAGGAGAAGAUUGAGCAGGCAGCGCGCGAAGAAGAAGAGGCAAGGAAACUACGACGUCAGAGGAGGGCUGAGCGGGAAGCAGCCAAAGCAGCUGCCUUGCUGCAACCAAAGGAAGAGCUCAUUGAUGUUUCUCGCGAUGCUGCUCGCCGAGCAGCAGAGGAAGACGAUGAUGGCGCUUCUCCUCCACCCCCGCUGCCACCAGUAGUCGACGACACCCCUCCUCGUAGUGCGCCACGCAGGCGUUUGAGUACCCGAGACACUCCACCGAACGUGAAGCGUGGUAGUCUCUUCGGUGGCAUCUUUGGCCGUUCAAAGCCCGAAGCGACGCCACCGGCUGCGAAACCGUCGCGAUCGUCUCGUGCCCGCGCCAACACGCUAGAGGCUACACCUGUCAAGUCUUCGCGAAGAGAACCGGAGCCUGAACGACCUUCGAGCCGAGACAUGUCAUCGGAUCAGAGCCGAGAGCGCCCAGAGCGUAUGCAUCGCAGUCGGCGUCUUUCACAUAGUCAACGUCGCUUCGCUUCUGCUGAGGAAGAGGCCGAUUACUACAGGUGGAAAGAGGAGCGACGCUUCAUGCGUCGUCCUGAACACGAGAUGUCUGGAGGACGGGACGGAGGAGUUUCUCUUCCACCACCGCCUCCGCCACCUGAGGAUCUCCCGCCGCCGCCACCAGAGCCUUUCGAAUACGAGCCAGAGCCGGAACCUAUCGAGACAAUCGAAUCACCGGUAAUCGAGGACGCAGCUGCGGUUGUCGGCGAGAUCUCCAUCUCAGACGAGGAAAGACGCGAGCGUCGUCGAAGCAGGCGUAUGUCCAAACCGGAAGAACGCCCCAAGACACGCCGUAUCUCCGUUGUUGAGAAAGAACGGCCAUCUGGUGGUCGUCGAGUGGAAUCGGAUCGGCCCCGCGCACGAGACCAUGGUGAAGACCGUCCUAGGCCCAGGCGCGGCGAGACCGACCGACGCGACAGGAGGAAGAAGAAGGAGGAGUCCAGCGGUCUCAAAGGACUCUUUGGAGGGUUGAAGAGGCGAAUCACUUGA